GAUGUGCGAUGAUUUUUAUAAAAAUAAAUUAUUAAAUAACAAUACCACUAAUACAAAUACAUUUUUUUCAAAGGAGAUAAAAGAUAUAUUGAAAGAAAUGUAUGUUGAUGAAAUGUUUAUAUCUUUGUGUCAACAUAUGGUUGAAAAAUGUGAUGAAAGUAAAAUAUAUCAUGCAUUGAAAAAAUCAAAUCUUUCAACCACUGCAGAAAUAAUAAUUAAAAAAGAUGUGAAUAACAGUUAUCAAGAAAAUAAUGAACCGAGUAUUUCUGUCAAGAAGACAAAAGAUUCCAACUCUCCACAAAAAACAAAGAAUGUUAAAAGUAACUUGAAAAUCAGAAUUAUCUUUAGAAAUUUAAUAAAUUCAGAUAAAAUGUUGAAUGAAAUGUUUGAAUCAAAAGAAUUCAGAAAUUUAAGAUUUUUUAGUGAAGAAGAAAUUGCCAGUUCAAUUGGGGUAUUUAUUUUUGAACAAACAUUUGGUCCUCCUAUUAUAACUGGAUUAUCAGCUUAUAAAGUAAAUUAUGAUCAAUUAAAUGAUGAAGUGAAAAAUAAAGAAUUGGGAUCUGUGAACUUAAGCAUUAUUUGUCCACAAAUAAUGAAAUUAACUACAAUUACUCUAGCAUUAGUAAAAAUGUUAAGAAGCAAUAAACUAAUUGAUCUUAUCUUAAAUGUUAUUCGAAAAAAUUUAUUAAAUAAGAAAAUGAAUUAUAAUCAUAUUACUACAAUUGAUCAUCAAAUAAUAACGCAAACAGUAUAUUUUGUUGAUAUUUGCGUUAGGUUAGGACUAUUAAAAACACUUCAAACAUUUAUUUUUGAUUCAAUGAUUUUGUUAUCCAAUAAAUAUUGUUGUAUCUUAUUUACAUCUUUAUUGUUAUGGAAGAAUUGCUUACCAAGAUCUGUAAAUAACAAAAUAGAUCCAGUUAUUAUUACAGUCAUGUCUUAUUUAAUAGCGAAAAAAAAGGUUUUAUCAGAACAAACUGUUGGUCGAGAUAUUUUUCAGAGAGAAUUGAUCAACUUACUAUCAUUUCAUUUUAAUUACUCAUUCAAUAUAGAUAUGCCACAUAAUUUUGUUCAACAUAUACAUAAACCUGAUUUUUUCAUAUCUAUAGUUAUGUUUUUAAAAUGCUGCAACCCCAAAGACUCGGUAGAGUUUAUGAUAAAUUGUUUAUUUCCCAUAGUUGAGGAUUAUCUUAAUUCACAACAAAACGAAACUAAUGCCAUAAAAUUAAUGGAAACAUUACAUUUAGCUAUCCAACCAUUUAAGAUAACUUGUAAUAGUACUGUAGCUACAUACCUAAAAAAAUGUAAAGGUACAACAUAUGGUACUAAGAAGGACGAAAAAGAACAUAUUUACAACACCACUUAUAACAGUUACAAGACAAUACAAUAUAAAUUUGUUGAAUAUCUUAAUGAUACUCGACCUCGUUCUCAGUUAUUUGAAGAGUCUCUUGUAUCAAUAAUUAUAGUACUAGGAUCCGUAGAUUAUGUUACCAGUUGUGUUUCUUUGAUGAAAUGGAAUCCAAAAUUUCCGCUGUCUACAAUUCUUUGCAAAAAAAUGAAUAUGUUUAAAUCAAUUAUUGGUCACAAUUUAUGGGAUAAAUUGUGUAUUAUAGACAAUACUGAUAUAAUUAAGUGUUUGGUAAACAGUUGCAUACUAAAAAAAGAUGUGUAUAAUACUAUAUUACGAAUUUACUCUAUUUAAUUAUAAGUUAACAUAAUUGAAAAUAAAUAUUUAUUAUUUAUUUUAGAAUAUUUUAGAAUAGCAAAUUGACUGAUAAUAUCUGUGAUAUAAAUAAUUUUAAAAUUUUUAAUGGUGUG